ACCAUAAUACCAUAAUACCAUAAUGGCAUACCACUCAACACAAGCGCCCGACAGCACAGGCACCAGGUCCAAUCCAAUGUCACCAGAGGGCUACACGCCCUUCCAGCCAUAUACACUCAACCCGUCAACAAGCGAUAGGAAUGACCACAUCAGCCAUAGGACCAGCCAUUGGAACAGCCAUUCAGUCCCACCUCCAUCAAUGCCGUAUCAGCAACAAACAUGUAGCUACAGAGAGCAAUCCCAGCAGCAGCAGCAGCAGCAACAACAGCAGAAGCAGCAGCAGCAACAACAGCAGAAGCAGCAGGAGGAGGUGCCGUUUUCAAGGAACAAGACCGUCAGAGAUGCGGCCGCGCAGAAAAGGCUGGCGAUGCAACAGGAAUACCAGCGAUCUCUGGCUGCAAUCUCACAAGGGGGCAUUGACGAGCCCACGCACACGAACGCAGACGCAAGCGCGUCUACGGACGUUAUUCCCUAUUCGACUACAGAACAAACUUCGCCUUUGCCCCUGUCUCCGUUGUCGGCGCACGGGCGUGUGUCAUCAUAUCCUCACGCGCAGCAGCAGCACCGAGCAUCCAUAUCGCAAUCGCUGCAUCACGACAAUGGCAUACCGAUCAGCUAUUACCAGCAGCAACAAUCACAGCAGCUAUCGCAACAGUUGCCAUCCCAUGCACCCAUAGUUCAGAGCUAUUCUUCUGUUCACACACCUCCACAGCAGCACCAACAUUACGCGACACAACCAUCCCAUCAACUGCAGCAUCUGCAGCAACAGCAACAGCAAAUACCGCAGCAACAUAUUCAGCAUCAGUCAUUUGAACAGCAGCCUUAUCUAGCCGACAAUACAUUCUCGCCUCUUGCACUAAAUUCAUACUCAAGCAGCCACCUGUACAGCCCUUCACCCAGCUCUUCUACAAUAAGCAGCAGUUGGGGCCAGUCAUCCGCAUCUGAUCAUCAGCUAGGGUCAUUCAACAUACGCAACAGCGUACAUGGAUCGUUCAGCAGUGGAUAUCACACGUACUCGAGCGUGCCAUAUCUAGCGAGAGAAGCACAGCUUCUGCUCGACUUUAACCCUGGCAUUCUGUCGACUAUCGCUGUCGCCUUUCGACAACGGAUGUUAGACAACGAAGCUAAGCGGUCAGAGUCCGAGAACUAUGGUCUCGAAUUUCCAGUGACAUUUACGGGAAAAGAGGCAGUUGAUGUUGUGGUCGAACUAACAAAACUGGACGACAGACGACAUAGCUUAUCUAUCGCCAGAUCUCUGGAGUCGCAACUCCUAUUUUUCGGUGGCGGGAACAACAAAUUGUUCGACUCCAACAAUGAUCAGUACUUUUUCUCCGAUGCUACGCUCGCCUUUUUGCCAGGCAAAUCCGAGUUUCCUACCGUUCCAACGGGUGUAUUUCCUUACAGCGCCAAAUGCUAUAGCUAUGGGUGUAUCCCAGGAGAUGCCACAUGUUACUCGUACCUGUGUCCCAAUCGGCAGCAUAUUGGCAACGUUCUCGGUCGACAAAACAGUGGUGCAUCAUCCGUUGGGAGCCAAGAAAAAGUCUGGGCCAACUCUGUACCCGCCAGUGUCGUUGCCAGUGCGUCCAAGAAAGAGCGCAAUCGGCAGGAGGCCAUUUUCGAAGUUGUUAACACUGAGGGCAAUUACGUCCGAGAUCUGGAGCUGAUGGAGGAGAUUUUUAUCAAUCCACUUCGAGCUGGGGAUAUUGUCGACUCAGAAAAGGUGGAUGAGUUCAUCGAGGAUGUUUUUCUCAAUUACAAAGAGAUUAUGGGUCUCAACAAGAAUCUUUUGGAGGCCUUGAAAGUGCGCCAAGAGGAGCAGCCCUUAGUUGAGAGGAUUGGUGAUGUGCUCCUGGCACAUGUAGUUGGAUUCGAGGAGGCAUAUGCGCGCUAUAUUCCACGGAUAGCCCUAUCAGAGUAUGCAUACAAAAAAGAGGAGACCAAAAACCCCAAGUUCGCUCAAUUCCUCAAGGACUGUACUCGGCAUCCAGAGGCGCGCCGACUCGGCUUGCGGCACUUUGUGGGCCAGCCCUACCAGAGGAUUCCAAGAUACCCGCUCCUCCUUAGUGAGGUGGUUAAGAGAACAGACGAGGGCGUUGAAGACCGUGAGACGGUGCAGGAGGUCAUUAAGGUCUGCACUGAGCUUGGUAAGCGAAUCGAUGCAUGCAUGCCGGAGGGCGCACGGCAGCUGCGCUUAUUGACUAUCCAGGACAAAAUUUUCUGGAAAUCCAAGGAGGAGCAUCAGGACUUGAAGCUGGGCGAACGAUCGCGAAAGUUGCACUAUGAAUGCAUGGGUAGGCGAAAAGCAACGUUCGAUGUACAGGCGACAGAACUUCGGGUGUUCCUGUUCGACCACAUGUUGUUAAUGACCAAGGAGAAGCGAGACAAGCAAGGGGAGAAGGAUAGCGUCCUUUACCAGGUUUCCAGAAAUGCGAUCCCUUUGGAGCUAGCGGAUGUUUGGCCAGAUGAUGGCAAGCCUUCUUCGUUAAGCGCUCGAGAACUUCCAAACGGCCGUCCUAAAUCCGCGUUUGCGACCGUAUCGUCCACUGUAGAGGCAGAUUCGAAACAGAUUGCGCCAGUUACGAUCCAACACAGAGGAAGACGAGGCGGUGAAUACCUACUAUACAUGACUCUUAGGGACCGCGACGAGUUCGUGCAGCAGGUGGCGAUGGCUAAAAAGACACGUCAAGAUGUGGUGUCCGGACACCAGCUAUUUGAAUUCAACACCAUCACGGAAAUGAGUGCCCAAGCACCAAUCUCACCAGUCGCGUUGGCCGCGUCCCAUCCUAUGGAUGGUAAACGCGUUACCUGUAGUGCGCCAUAUCUCAACGUCUUGGAUGGGAAGAGACGGAUUGUGAUCGGAACAGAGUACGGAGUCUAUGUGGGCAUCGAGGACGACAAGUCCAGUUUUAGGCUGGCACUCAAGGACAUUAACGUGAGCAGUAUCAGCGUCUUGGAGGGCUACCAUCUAUUGCUGGUUCUCUCUGGCAAGGUUUUGAAAGCAUUUAAUAUGAGCUGUCUUGAACCCGAUUCCGACAAGGGUUUUCAUGUUGGCCAGCAGCUUGGCAAGAACGUGCAGUACUUUACGGCCGGGGUCUGUGCGGGGAAGACGCUCGUUAUCACUAUGAGGAGGAAGAGUGCGGGAGAGAGCCAUUUUACGGCCUUUGAACCCUUGGACAACGCGACCAUGAGCACCCAGCAACACCGCGGGUUCGGUCUAUCUCUUGGAAAGUCGAAACCGGAGUGGUUCAAGCUAUAUCGAGAAUUCUACGUCCCCAGCGAUUCUUCACAACUGCAGAUGUUGUCAAAGAUGGUGUGCGUUGUCUGUCCUAGGGGAUUCGAGGUCUUGAUGUUAGAAAACCUUGGCGAGACCAGGGUGUACCCCACCAAGGCGGAUUCCGAGUAUGCCUUCUUGCUGAAGAGGACCGAGAGUGUACCGGUGUGCAUGUUCAAGAUCAACACAGAGACGUUUUUGAUGUGCUAUUCUGAUUUCGCGUUUACAAUGACCAAGAACGGCAAUCUGGCAAAGACCGAGCUGAUCGAGUUCGAGGGUCGCGCCGAGUCGUUUGCGAUGGUCUAUCCCUAUAUCAUUGCGUUCGAAAGCGAGUUGAUCGAGAUUCGCCACAUCGACACGGGUGCGCUGGAGCAGCUCGUCCUUGGAAAUAACAUCCGCAUGUUGUAUUCUGACGUGGAUCUGAAGGGAAACGCAGUGAUCCAUGUGCACAUGUCUGAUCCUGGCAAAGGAGAUUCCCGCAGAGUUGUCAAGUUGGAUAAUGCACCGCAGAUUCCGAGAACGCUCAUUGAGCCCAUCAAGUACCAGCCAAAGUCCUCGUACACCUCACAGACAUCUGCUCUCUUUCCUACGUUGAUGCCGUCGCCUGCUCGCGUUCAAGUAGCCGUUUCUCCGCCACGAGUUACCUUGCCUCUUGUAGUGUAUCCUUCCUCUGUAUCAGCCAUUCCACAGCGCCCCUCUCCUCGAUUCACUCAGCAGCAGCCCAUUUAUGCAGCCUAUCCGCCAGAUCCGCCAUACAGCCCCAUCCGUAACAGUGUAUAUCGCCAAGGUUUCGAUAGCGCUCCCUUCUGGCCCCUUGCCCCCAUCCCCGCGCCAGUGCCUGUGGCCAUGCCUAUGCCUAUGGCGAUACCAAUGUCAAUGCCUAUGGCGAUGCCAAUGUCAAUGCCUGCACAACACAUCCAGCCUAGCGGUUUGUCAUACGAGCCAUUCUCACCCCAAAGUCCUCACCCGAGGCAUUCGAUACAGAAUUCGACCAGCUCUAAUCCAUAUUCUCCUGCGCCCUUUCCUCCAUAUUCACAAAUAUAUCCGCCGGCGCCUCGAGACAGUAGUAGCCUUCAGAGCCCUGGGUACACCCCUGUUUCGUCGUUUGCUGGUGGAUUUCCGUAGAUGGGAACUCAAAAUGUCCGAGUAGUGGCUUGUAAAGAUGACUCCACAGGCCUUGUGCCCAAUCCAGACCUCGCCCUUCAGCUAAAAAACAAAAAUAAAAAAGGGUGUUGCCAGGGUU